AUGGUUCAGGAUCCUAAUCCGGACUUGCAGAAGGCUGCUCUUGAGAGUAUGAGGCAGGAAAUCCGAGCUUUAACAAGUUCAAUGACUUCAGUUCCCAAACCACUAAAGUUUCUGCGUCCCCAGUAUGUAACUCUUAAAGCGUUUCAUGAAACAAUGGCUGAUUCUAAUCUCAAGAAGUACAUUUCUGAUAUCCUGUCUGUCCUGGCCCUUACCACGCUCUACAGAUUGCACUAUUUCUUGAUAACACGAAGGUAG